UAUCUCGACAUUUAGAUAGAAAUGGAUUAAUGCCAUUCAAUUCAGCAUUUAGUAAUUUAAAGUGGAUAAGGCGUAAAUGCGUUUGUAACAUUCUCGUUCAAUGUGAGAUUUCCCCCAGAGGUAGUGUCCGCUCCUCAUUUUCAUUUCUACAUCACAGACCGUAUGAAUCCAUGUCUGACAUCAUUUUCAAAGUUAAAUUAGCCAAACACAAGUCCACUCCAGGCUCUAUUGUCUUAUUUAUCACCAAUUAACUUAUUUGCUGUGAGACCAAGUUUAAAACGUAUCAGGCCACGUUAGUGACUUAUUGCCCAGUAAGACAGUGAUCAUUUGUGAACUAAGACCUUUGGCCGUUUGUGUGUGCAUUACUGAGGCAUCACAAGAUCAGAGAAGAUGCUUUAACCAACAGGGAAAAUUAAUAUUUCUGUUUCUGUUUGUGCCAUCUGAGAGCCACCUAUUCCGUUUGGCACGGCACUGGCGUAACCUUAAACACAUCUACAUAUGAAAUGUGUUUAAUGACAAACCUAGAGAGAGAAAUUGAUGAUAGAAAAGAGCACGGCUGCGGUGAUAGAAGCAGAUUAAUUCACAAGAAGGAAAUAAAACUUUUUUGGAUCAUCACCAUAUAUUAUAGUUUUCAUUGAGUGAAAGGAAGCAGAUGUUUUUAACAUAAAUGUAAAUCUGUAAAUGCCAAGAUUCCUAAGUGCUCCUCAGCCUGACAUUCGAGUACACUCUGUGUACUCAUUUCACUUUGAGUCACUUUGCUGCAGCCAAUACGAUACUCUGCACAAAGGUGGAGUCACAUUUGUAUAUGUUUAUAGAGAAGAUUAAUAUUUGUUCUGGAGAACAGUUUUUAUAGAUUCAAAUUUCACUUCUGCUAUAAAUAAAAAAUAAAACUCUUUAUUUAUUUAGUAUAUUUUCUAAAUUGGAGCAUUUCUCAUCACAUGUGUUUUUGUAUUAUAAUGUUGGUGUAACAAGUGGUGGGGUUUUGAGGUUUCUGUUCUAGAUAUAGAUCUUCAUUUUGGCAAUUGUUAUCAGUUUCAGGUUUUUCAAAUUUUUUUUUUUGACUAGUUGUGACUUUAUUGUCGCAAAUAUAAUCUUAUUUAAUUUGUUUAAACUGAAAAAGUUCAGUAUUUUCAUUGAAGCACAUUGAAGUAUUUGUGCCUUUUGAUGAUAACACGUUUUUUGUGGGGAGACUGAUUCCAUCUAUGGAAAAUAGAGAAAUCAAGGUAAUUUGUUAUAUCAUCGGGGCCCAUCUAAAAACCACAGAAGCAUUAUCUACAAGCUCAAAGUACACGUGUGACACGCACAGUAAUGAGGCGCAGCAUGUGCACUGCUCUAAACGGCGGUAAAUGAUUUAUUUAUACAUUCCUUUCCCACAUAUUUGUUUCCUGCAUGCUACUGAAGUAAGAUGAAAACAGCCGUCGUCGUGCCGAGGCAAGAAGCGACUAUCUAAGAUUUUUUUUAAAGUGCAGUUUGUUGUGGGUGUCUCUGAAGACAAUGAAUCAUGACAUCAUGCAAUGUGUUUUGUGAUACAAGCCUUCCCCUGUCAGAGCAGGACUGUUCUCUUCAAGAGAAAAGGGAAUCAUUGCCAAAACAAACCAGAGUGUUUAUGCCCCGUGCAGACGUGUCUAGAGAAGGAAGCUGAAGUCUUGACCUUCAGUCUGGAAUUCAGGAAACGCUAAUGACCACACAAAUGCUUUUGUACGCCAUCAUGAAUGUAUUGUAUACAUUUUAUUCACAACUUCCUCAUGAAACUGUUUUAUCUUCUCACCUUUUAAUCCACGACUGUUGUUCUUUUUCUCUGUUUGUCUUUAGUUUUGUGGGAAUCAAUGCCAGUGAUAUUAAUUACUCGGCGGGCCGGUACGACCCCUCGCUGAAGCCGCCUUUCGAUGCCGGUUUCGAGGGUAUCGGUGAGGUUGUCGGCCUCGGCCUUAGCGCCAGCUCCCGUUACACCGUUGGAGACAACGUGGCCUAUUUCCGCAGUGGUGCCUUCGCUGAGUACACGGUGGUCCCUGCCAAGGAGUGCGUGCCCGUCCCUGCGGUGAAGCCAGAGUUCCUCACCCUGCUGGUCAGCGGUGCCACAGCCUACAUCGCCAUGAAACGUCUGGGCGACCUGGCCGAAGGUGAGACGGUCCUGGUCACCGCGGCUGCAGGAGGCACCGGGCAGUUUGCUGUGCAGUUUGCUAAACAGGCCGGCUGCCACGUGAUUGGGACCUGUUCGUCCAAUGAGAAGGCCGGCUUUCUGAAGUCCCUCGGCUGUAACAGGCCAAUCAACUACACCACAGAAGACCUCGCCAAGACUCUUCGGAAAGAGUACCCGAAAGGUGUAAACGUGGUGUAUGAGUCAGUGGGAGGAAGUGUUUUGGAAGUCGCCGUGAACACUUUGGCCAACAAGGGUCGGCUCAUAGUGAUCGGCUUCAUCUCUGGGUACCAGACGCCAUCGGGUAUCCCACAGUUCAGAGGAGGAACACUGCCGGUCAAGUUGCUGCAGAAGUCGGCCAGCAUGCGGGGUUUCUUCCUGCCCCACUUCUACAGCGACUACAGGGAGGCUCUGAGUAGCAUGAUGCAGAUGUUUGCCACUGGGAAGUUAGUGUGUGAAGUAGAUUAUGGGGAUCAGGCAGAGGGAGGGAGGUUUGUAGGAUUAGAGUCAGUCUUCCGGGCCAUGGACUACAUGUAUUCUGGGAAAAACCUGGGCAAAGUCGUGGUGGAAGUGGCACCGCCUGCUGUUAGUAAUAGCAAGCUGUGAUUUCACAGAUUGUUAGUGCCCCAAUGAAACCAUACUUGAUUACUGUGAUUUAGGACUUUAAUUAUUUUUAACACAGGUUAGUUAUUUUUCUAAGAUGAUUGAAAUGCCAUUUAAAAUAAAGCUAUAUACAAUU